GAACUUUUCACGCUUCAGUCGCCUUGACAAUGUCAGACACUGCUAGUAGGAGAGACUAAAACUCCACAGAGCAACUGAAGUUUCCCUGUUCAGUUGAAGAUUGCUAUGGUGUAACUGAAGUUGUAUUUCUUCCCCCACCUCCCCGCUCCCUUUCUUGUGCCGUUGAGAGCAGUAGUGUAGAUUUGAUAGAAAUUGCCAUUCUCCCUUUCCUUGGACUGUCUGAACCUGUAGAGGAUACCACAGCAAUGCUGGACUGCAGUGACUACGUUCUAGACUCAAGAAUGAACAAUCCGUCAGAAACCAGUAAACCAUCAAUGGAGAGUGGAGAUGGGAACACAGGCACACAAACAAAUGGCCUGGACUUUCAAAAGCAGCCUGUGCCUGUUGGAGGACCAAUCUCUACAGCCCAGGCCCAGGCCUUUCUUGGGCACCUUCAUCAGGUCCAGCUCGCUGGAACAAGUUUACAGGCUGCUGCUCAGUCCUUAAAUGUACAGUCUAAAUCUAAUGAAGAAUCUGGGGACUCUCAGCAGCCAAGCCAGCCUUCCCAGCAGCCUUCAGUGCAGGCGGCCAUACCCCAGACCCAGCUCAUGCUGGCCGGAGGACAGAUCACUGGGCUCACGUUGACGCCAGCCCAGCAACAGUUAUUGCUACAACAGGCGCAGGCACAGUUGCUGGCAGCUGCAGUGCAGCAUUCAGCCAGUCAGCAGCACAGCGCUGCUGGUGCCACCAUCUCGGCCUCUGCUGCAACGCCGAUGACGCAGAUCCCUCUAUCUCAGCCAAUACAGAUUGCACAGGAUUUGCAGCACUUGCAGCAGCUUCAGCAGCAGAAUCUCAACCUGCAACAGUUUGUGUUGGUGCAUCCAACAACCAACUUGCAGCCAGCACAGUUCAUCAUCUCACAAACACCGCAGGGGCAGCAGGGUCUCCUGCAAGCGCAGAAUCUCUUAACGCAACUACCUCAGCAAAGCCAAGCCAACCUCCUGCAGUCUCAGCCAAGCAUCACCCUUGCCUCGCAGCCAGCAACCCCAACACGCACAAUAGCAGCGACCCCCAUUCAGCCACUUCCACAGAGCCAGUCAACACCAAAGCGAAUAGACACUCCCAGCUUGGAGGAGCCCAGUGACCUUGAGGAGCUUGAGCAGUUUGCCAAGACUUUCAAACAAAGACGGAUCAAACUUGGAUUCACUCAGGGUGAUGUUGGGCUCGCUAUGGGCAAACUCUAUGGAAAUGACUUCAGCCAAACUACCAUCUCUCGCUUUGAAGCCUUGAACCUCAGCUUUAAGAACAUGUGCAAGUUAAAGCCACUUCUGGAAAAGUGGCUCAAUGAUGCAGAAAACCUCUCAUCUGAUUCAACUCUCUCCAGCCCAAGUGCCCUGAAUUCUCCAGGGCAAGGAAUCGAAGGCGUGAACCGUAGGAGGAAGAAACGCACCAGCAUAGAGACCAACAUACGUGUGGCCUUAGAGAAGAGUUUCCUGGAGAACCAAAAGCCUACCUCGGAGGAGAUCACCAUGAUAGCUGACCAGCUAAACAUGGAGAAGGAGGUGAUCCGCGUUUGGUUCUGUAACCGGCGCCAGAAGGAGAAAAGGAUCAACCCACCCAGCAGUGGUGGAACCAGCAGCUCGCCCAUCAAAGCAAUUUUCCCUUGCCCAACCUCACUGGUGGCAACCACGCCAAGCCUUGUGACUAGCAGUGCAGCUACUACCCUGACUGUCAAUCCUGUGCUCCCUCUGACCAGUCCUGCUGUAACUAGUUUGUCAGUCACAGGCACAACAGAAACCACCUCCAACAACACAGCAACAGUGAUUUCAACGGCACCUCCAGCUUCUUCAGCAGUGACAUCACCCUCCCUGAGUCCUUCCCCUUCUGCCUCAGCCUCCAUUUCAGAGGCAUCCAGUGCCAGCGAGACCAGCACAACACAGACAACCUCCACUCCCUUGUCCUCCCCUCUUGGGACCAGCCAGGUGAUGGUAACAGCAUCAGGGUUGCAAACAGCAGCAGCAGCCGCAUUACAAGGAGCUGCACAGUUGCCUGCAAAUGCAAGUCUCGCUGCCAUGGCUGCUGCAGCAGGACUAAACCCAGGCUUGAUGGCAUCCUCACAGUUUGCAGCUGGAGGUGCCUUACUCAGUCUCAAUCCAGGGACAUUAGGUGGUGCUCUCAGCCCAGCCCUGAUGAGCAACAGUACACUGGCAACUAUUCAAGCUCUUGCAUCUAGUGGCUCUCUUCCAAUAACAUCACUGGAUGCAUCUGGAAACUUGGUGUUUGCCAAUGCUGGAGGUACUCCUAACAUCGUAACUGCCCCUCUGUUCCUGAACCCUCAGAACCUUUCUCUGCUCACCAGCAACCCAGUUAGCUUGGUCUCUGCAGCUGCAGCCUCCGCAGGGGCCUCUGGACCAGUCGCCAGCCUUCAUGCCACCUCCACCUCAGCUGAGUCCAUCCAGAACUCUCUCCUCACGGUGGCCUCUGCGAGCGGGGCCACAUCCACCACCACUACUGCCUCCAAGGCACAGUGAGCUGGGCUGAGCUGUGCUGCCAGCAGCCUUUUUCACUGUGCAGUGGGAUUGGCUGCCAGUGGGGUUUAUGAACUGAAAAAUGUGAUGGUCAUCCUCUCGCCGUGUUGCUGGGGACAAGGGAGAGAAGGAGAAAUAUUAAAAAAAAAAAACAACAACACAAAAAAACAACACAAAAAACAAAAGCAAAACAGGAAGGAUUUAAAGCUGGGACAGACAUUUGCCUAAUUUUAUAAUAAACACUGUCUUUUCAGGAUCGCUUCAUGGAUCGGAGAACUUUCUAACCAAAAAUGUAAAAAAAACAAAAACAAAAAAACAACAAAAAAAAACACAAAACAAAACAAAACAACAAAAAAAAAAAACCAACACAAAAAAAGUGAAAGGACUACUUAUCAUUUCCAGCAGUCACAAUGACAAGUUAAGGUGGGUUAUCAGUUCAAACAUAGGACGGGGAUUUCUUGUUCCUUUUUGGUCUAAAUAUCUUUCUUUUUUAAUUAUCAUUUUAUUGGUCUGUUGUACAGGCCAUUAUGUCAUACAAGGUGUUUAUAAUCGUAUCAAUCUUAUUGGGGGUUCCUUUCUUAACUGGUACAAUUUAGGCAGGCCUGUAUUACUGGUGUAUCUCUAUUAUUAUUAUUAUGAUUAUUAUUAUUAUUAUUUUUAUAUAUAUAGUUUGGACGCAUUUGUCUAUUGCUCCUGGAUUAUUUUCAGCGAGCUCCCACACCGUGGGGGGAGGGUGGGAGGGUGGAGAGGAAGAAUGAGCACAAAGAGACUUUCUGUCCUAAUCUUCUGGGAACGUUUUGAACAGUUUCCUCAUCCUUAAAUUUGUCUGCUGUCUACUUAGAGGGGUCAGAAGGAUUAAUUUCCAUCGCUUGUGCAGGAAGCUCAGUGUAGCGGUAGAGAUGGUUGUGUGCAAAGAUCCAGGCUGGUCUCUGCUCUUUGAGCAGAGGGAGGAAUUAGUUGUGAACCACAGUUCUCCUUCUCUUAAUUAUUUAGACAAAAUGGCCAAACUUUACACUUAGCUUCGUGUGCAUGUUUCCUCUUUACUUCAGAGAGUGGAAUUUAACCUCCUGAGUCUAGAUUGUGUGGCAUACUGAUGGCUCUUCUGUCCUGUUGAAUUGAUUUUGCUCUUAAGAACGUACACAAAUAUUUUAAAGUCACUCAAGCUAAUUGGAAGUAUAUGAAGCAGCAUUUACCAUCCUGGAUUUCUACCAAAUGAAUUGGUACAGGAUUUCAAAAGGCCUGUCUCUCUCUAAUCAUAGGUGCAUUCUCCUUCGUUUACUUCUAAUGUUUCCAACAUUGCAUUUGGGAGAAUUUUCUAGGGAGGGGAAAAAAAAAAGCUUCUGGCUGCAAAACACUGAAACCAAAACUGUAAGAACAGAAGCUGCCAUCUCUGAUGCCAACACAAGAGAGUUGUCUCUGUUUUUGCACAUACCUUGGUGAUCUCGUGUAGUCUCUGAGCUGUGAUGCUGCUAGCUAUGUAGAAAUGGCAAUAAGCAUCUCUGAGCGGAGCGUUGGGACUUACCUGCCACUGUAACUGUCUGAUUGAUUCUGAUCCAUUCAGCAAAGAAUAUUUAUGUGGAUGAGGAAGAGUAAUGGACUGUACAGAAGUUAGAUCUGUAUAUUCUUAAAUAUACAAUCUAGUAUCUGAACCAAAAAGACUUUUGAAAAGAGAAGACUGGAUCACUGCAAUGCAGUUCACUUUGAACUUCCAUUCUGGAUGGAUUUAACAGUUUCUGCCGUGUGUUUAAAAGUAGAUUUCUUUAAGCUAACAAGGGUAUUAGAAGAGUUCCUUCCCCCCACCCCCUUUCCUGUUGUCACCAGAGUGUUCUGAAAUAAUGAACUAAUGCAGCUUUGUUCAUUGUGUUGAUGAUUCAGGGGGAUCUUGGAGUUUCUCAUCCAAGAUCCAGAUGGCAGCAACUUUAAACUCUACAUGUGCUCUGGUUGGUGACCUAAGCAUGUGGGAUUUGCGUUUGCACUCAAGUGGCAGAAUCCCUUAUCUCUCCCCCCACUGCCUUGGUUUUGCUCUGUUCAUCUCUAACUCUCCACCUUCCUGUGUUACUGAAUAUUUAAACCAGUUAUCCCCGUAACUUCAAAACUAGUGAACUGCAAGCAGGGAAACUAACAAAUGUCCGUCCACCGUUUCUAAUGUGUUUUUGAUUUUUUUAUGUUUUAUUUUUUUAAAACUAAGCUUGAACCAAAGUCAAUUUCUAGCAAGCUGCUGUACUAAUGGACUAGUUUGUAUAAGUGCAGUUCAGAUGCAGAGAGGCGAUAGAUGCUACUGACAAUUUCUUUUUCAUUUGUCUUUUGUUUUUAUUAAUUUUAUAUAAAAGUUGCUGCUUGUUUUUAAUCUUUUUUUUUUUUUUUUUUGGUUGGUUGGUUGGUAAUUUGUAUUAUCCUUGGGGCAGACUCUUAACUUGACUUUAAUUUGUUUUCUUUUGUUUGAUGUGUAAAUAGAAUGGCAAUGUCAGGGGUUUGUUAAUCCAACAGGUCCCACCCUCAUCCCACCAGUAUGACUAAAAUUACAUAUUUUUUGGGUGUCUGAUGUCUCUCUGACUUCAGGCUGCACAGAAGACUUUUAGGGCUAUGAAUAAUACUGCAUAAAUGUAAAUUUCCCACAGUAAUAGGUUCGGAGCGGUAAAAGAUACAGCUGGGUGAGCUUCAGGGAGGUAGGGAAGAAGUGGAAGAGGAGAUGCUGGUACCCACUGUGUUGGUCUGGAGGCCAUAGUGUGGACCACAGUUUCUACCAAAGGAGCACAAGCCCCAUGGGACUUGUGUUCAGUGAAGUAAGAGGAUGGGGAAAACUGCAGCUAUCAUGUUCAUUCCUGAGUCUGAAAGUUCCUACUUACUUUCACACCUGUGCAAAAAUACAAUUAAUCAGGAAGCUUUUUCAUUAAAGAAGGGAUACGUCGGUCUUUGCUCCGAUGGAUCUUCUAUUCCCUAAAGAUGUGGCAGGGUGGGGGGCAUGGCUGUUGCAUAUAUAUAAGAAACACGAAGAAGGGUGGGCCUUAAUCAGCAUAUCCUCUCUCCACAGUUCAAAGAAACUGUGCCAUUAGCUGUCUGAAUGAGUUUUCAUGUCCCAUUCUUGCUGGUUUGUGAUUGGGAGAGGGUCUUGUUGAGUACAUAUCUGGAACACUAAUGCAGCUUGGAUGGUUUAUUUAUUAUAAAAAAUCUGCUUUUUUUCCUGACUACCUUUGCAUUGGUCACAUGGCUUUGGUGUGAGCACCUUAAUACCCCCUUUCCCUCCUCCUCUCUACCCCAUCACCCUCUCUGGGGCCCAGAUUCCAGGGAAUUUCUUAGCAAGCCUUUUUCUGAGAGAAACUGGAAACUCAGAAUAGCCACAUAUCUGGAAAGGGCUUGAUUUAGCUUGUGGAAGCUGGCACAAUACUCAAGCAGCACAUAUCCCAUGGCUUUACUCACCAGCGUGCUUUGGUUAAACCCCAAAUUGAUUUGCUUGGAUGUAUUUUCCUGUGACAUCCCAAUGACUGACCACUGAUCCCAGUGCCUGCUUUUCAUCCCUUGCAGUGCUUUGUCUUAUGGCUGCUGGCAACCUCCAGUCUUUGGGUGAAAGACAGAAAUCAGGUGCGUGACUUCAGGGCGUGAAGGGAAGGGGAGUGAGAUCAAGUACUGGAAUUUAGAAGAAGUUUAUUUUUUAAAUAAUCAUCUUGCUGACAGUAAAAGUUGUUGCGUCUGAAGAGACUAACAAUUGUAUAGAGACUCAGUAAAUGGGAUUUUUGUCUGAAGUUCACCGGUGUUUGAAAUGGAGAAUUAUUGUCUCAGGAAGCACUGGGACUUGCAUUGUUGCAAACUGGCUGACAGGCACAGAGCAUACAUGUUGCAAACAAAAUGAUUUUUUUUUCCUCUAGUUAGGCAAAAUAGUGCCUCUGAUUCCUAUAUAAGUGGAUUUACAUGUUGAAUGGAGGUAUUUUCUAUGACAUGCUCACGGUCCUAAGUUCUUCGUUUCUUUUUAGGGGAAGGUUUUCUCUAAGAUUGUUUGUUUCUAGGAUAGUUUCUAGCAGCGUGCUGGUAUAUUUGCUACUGUAUUGACUUCUCAGCCAAGAUCAGAAGAAAUGUUAGUGUGUUAGAAUAUGUCUGAUCACAUCUUUUUUUCUGAGCUUGUGGCUCUGUAUUUACAGAUCUGUGGGUUGCUUUUCACAUUUGCAAGCAUGCCAAAGGACACGUGCAGGAAAAGAGAAUGAAAAACUCUCUCUCAUAUAGCCAAGGACAAAAGCCACAAGAUUUGCAGAGCCACAAAUACAGAUAUGCCCUGAAGGUCUAGAAGAACUAUUUAGGAAAUGGUUUCAGGGUGAGCUGUUGUAAGCUGGUGAUGAAUUUUUUUUCUGUUAGAAAAAUUUAUUCCUGUUUGGCUUUAGAACAGCUGAACUCCUCAGAAUCUGCUUGCCGCAGUCAGUGUAGAGUUAUUCUUCGUGAACAGAUCAUAGGAAGUAUACAGAGGUAUUGCUGCUUACAAAGGUCACAUCUGUCUACAUCUCCUUAAGAGGAUUUCUUGUGUUUCUGAGUUACUACUGUGUUUCUGUCUCGGUACAUUUUAUGAUUUCCCUCUGUAGCUUUAAGAUGGUAUGUAUGUGCAUGCUCUCGUAGAAUUGCUGAGGAGAUAGCAUGCUCGUUACAUGCAGAACCACCUAGUUUGUUUUUAAGAGAUUCUUUUUUUUUUGUCCAUCCUAUUGGCUAAUGUCACUUGAACUCACUGUUUAGUUUUUCUUUGGGGAACUUGUGACAUUGCACCACUGCUUUGGAAGAUCCUCUGCUUCAGUAAGGAGUUGUUGAAAGUACACAUUAAAUUGGAUUGCAAAAGUCAUUUUGCCAUGAAUGAGAAAUCUGUGCUCUGAUGAACCUUCAAGGAAAACAUGUUGAGAGUCAGUAGGGUUGUCAUGUAGAAGUGUGCUGCUCUGUUGCUCAGUUUGAGUGCUAGUGAGGUUACUUUGCAAGAGAAAACUAAAGUGCAAGAACAUUAGGAAGAAGACAUACUCCGAUGGCUUGAAUUACAGACCUUUUAGAACACAAGAGGCUUCAAGUUUGCAUUUUAUCUUGAAAUGAACAGGCUGACAAAGAAUUCCAAUGAAAACAGUGUAGACCCUGAAGUACUUGGAGUUGCAGCUUGCACCUUUUCGAGUUAAUAAGGAGGAUGCCAGUGUUAACCACAGUAGCUGUCUGCUGGUCCUAAAACCCAAGAACAAAUGCUGUCUUGUAGCGUGUUAAUUUUUCAUUUGAUGAAGAACAAUGUAUUGCCUCUAUUUUGCUCCUUCUCUUAUUUUACUUUAAAUGCAUGGUGAGCAUCAGAUCUAGACAAAAAAUUUAUACUUUCGAUCAUCUGAAAUUCUUUUAGGAUAAUUAAUUCCUUAAAAAAAAAAAAGAACCUCGGAAACAAACCUUUUUUGCUCAGGGGGUGGUAAAAGAAUGGCUCUUACUAAAAUGUGUUGGAGAAGAUUCUCUAUAUGCAUCCUCUGCAACAGUUUAAAAUAUAACCAUAUUACUUCUCUUGCUAUUGUAUCCUAAUGCUUUGGUUUGAGAUGAUGGUCAGGUUUGUGAGCUUUGCAGUGUGCUUUGGCUCACUGCACAUUUCUAUGGAGCAACAUUCUUUAAAACAAAAGUUUCCACUUCAUUAUAAAUGGAGUACAGAAUCUGCUACAGCUGGAACCAUACCACAGACACUCUACAAAAGUAUCCGAAUCACCUUAAGUAUCAAUUGAUGAUUUCUUAAGUAAAAAUUAACUUUAUGAAAUUCUUAGAGAGGCAGGUAGCUUCUCAUGGCCGUUGGGUUGUCUUGGGCCAUACAAAAUAGGGUGUCUGGCCCAACUGUCCAGUGGUUUUAAACCAGAAGUGUAGGUCAGUGUAUUACCAGGUUAACUGUAUUAAGGAUCCUAGUCCCAUUCUGCCCCAAACGAUUAUGUGAUGUUUAUACACAGAGCAUGAGUACAUCUCAUGGAUACGCACCAUGGAUUGGCUAGGGCGGAGUGCUACCAAAGCUAACCUGCUGCUCCCCACUGGAUUUCAGGUUGCCAGUUCUCACACAGCCAACUUAAAAUGUUUUGUAUUUUUGUAAGAAUACCUCUUUUUAUAUCUCCCUCCCUUUCCAAAAUAUUAGAGCAAUACAGGAUUCAAGGUACAGAAUGACAGAGGUUCUGCUCUUCUCAGUCAUUAAAUCUAACUCUUGUUGCUGCUCGUGAGUCUUUCUCUUUUUAUGGCCAAGAGAUCCCUUGAGUAUUUAAAAGAUUUUUGACAUAGACUUUGUCUUAGAGGGUGCUGCAGCCCACGCCUUUUUUUAUGUGAGUGGAGCUUAUGUAGAGAGAUGUUAGAGGGCUGUAGACUCAUAAAAUGAUGCCGGACUGAUAUCAGACUGACUCAUGGCUUGCAGUUCCUUAAAAUAUUCAUAUCUUUUGCUCCAUGUCCAAACUGGGCAUGGUUCCCUGUAUGACAAAAGAAGUUGUUCCAGUGCUGUAGUGCUAUUGGAGCAAUGAAAAGAGGAGAUUCCUGACCUUACAUAUCUUUGUGGUCAAACACGCAUCAACACAUGAAAAAGUACUCUAUCUUUUUUGGUGUUUAUAUCUUCUUCACUCAACCUUCAUUCUCCCACUUCAAAUACACUCUUAGCGGGUACCUUCACUGAGCUGUUACCCCCAUGGGAUGCUGUUAGAAGGGCGUUAGGAUGAUUGCACUGGAAUUACAAAUGGUUUUACCUUGGGAGAAGGGCAGAGACACCUUUUAGCUGAGUAGACAAACACGGUCAUGUUGUAUCAGGUACUUCUUUUCUGACCAAAUUCCAAAUAACAAAGCAACCAGCGGGGCUGCUUUCGUUUGGUUUGCACUGCACAGCUAAGCACUGUCCUUCAUUGGAAUAAUCUGGGCCCCUUCCCAUCCUCUCCCUCCCUCCUUGUUCCCUUCCCUGUCUUUCCUCUGUGGAAGGUAGCACCAUACAGCUCUGAGAACAAUACGUGUGGGUAGCAGCUGGCUUCUGGCACCUUCAUAAAAUACCUCAGCAUAGCUUAGCAUUGUCGCAGAACUGGUUUUAAACUGAAAAAAAUCAGAAGAGAAAAGCAAACUUUAUAAAUAGUUGAGAUAAUUCUAGCUGUAGAGUUUAGUUGAACUGAUGUUUAUUAUGAUUGAUAAACAUGAUUAUGCUGUAUGUAUUUGAGAUCCUGUUUAUAGCUUACAACUUUAUAGGGUCGGGUGGGGGUGGGUGGAUGUUGGGGGCAGAGAAGGGGGUUGACUGUGUUAGAAGGAAAAUGUUUGCUCAUGAAUUUUUUUCCUUGUAUCUGUCUUGCCAAAGGAAACAUUUUGUCGCUCCUGGGUUUGGGAUUGUUGUUUGGUUGGUUUAUCUGUGGUCUAAUCUGCAGCACGGCACGUGGUGGCAUGCAGGUUACUGGUUGGGUUGCUGUUCAGGGUCCUUUCAAGUGUGCGCACACUUCCCUCCCUCUUGGCCCAUCCUUACCCUUCGCUGGAAUCUAAAGAUAAGGCAAUGUGUAGCGGGAGGCUUGGGGGAAAGAAGGUGGCUAUAUACUGGGUUAGACUCAACCAAGACGAAAAUCCGUUCCAGUUAGUUGAGUUGCACCAGAGCUGAAUUGGGUCCAUUGUGUUUGACUUCGGGGAGGGCGAAGAAUGGUUGUCACAUCUUAAUCUGUCUGGGAGAGCAAAAGUGAAACAGGUUCCUUUUAUCCCCCUUGUCUUGUUACUGAAUGUAGGGCUUGUAGUGCUUGAUAAUAGAUGGAAAACUUUUUAAACACUUCCUUUUCUAAUAGCAAUGCUAAUCUGUCUAGACCAAAAACUAUGAAAGAAAAACCAAACUGAGAAGUGAAAGCUAACCUACUCCUAACACCUGGCUGGUGUGCCUGAACGGGUUGAAAUACUGUGAGACUGUGGUGGGAGGGGGGCUUUGAGAUUGGCUGGGAGAGGGAGCGGGUCGUUCUGCUGGCGUGUCUCGGCGUGGUGAGCGGUGUUACCUUGGGAGGGGUGUGUGGCCCUGCCAUCCGCACCCCAAGGCUUCCCUUCAAGGCCUAUGGCAUAGGGGAAGAGGGGCGCGUGUGUGUGAGAGAGAGAGUGUGCAUGCGUGUGUGCAAGCGUGCGGUGAUGCGGAGAGGAGCUCGACUCCACUGGGGUGGGAGAAUUCCCAGUGGCCUCGUAGGGAACCAAAGGCACUGAUACGUCGUCAGCUCUGCUGUUUUCAGAGCGGGUAAGAGAAAAAGCUGGGUGGGUUUUUUUUUGUUGAGCUUGGGGUCACUGUCCCUUUCUGAAAGGACCUGAUCUCUCGUGGGUACUCCCACCUUUUCUGCAUAGAGUUGCUUUGGCUCUGUGAAGACGAUCUGCGUGUGGAGCUUGCCCAGUGCUUCAGGUCUUAGGCUGAUGGUGGGAUACAGUCAGGGAAAACUGUUUCUGUCCUUUGAGUGAGGAAGCAGUGUAGUCUAAGGUCAGAGUCUGUUCAACAGCUUUUGCGUACGGCCCUCCUCUUAGGGGGGCCAUGAAGUCUCCUUUCUUUGCUCCCCAAAGUAGCCUUGUACAUGUCCAUGUAUCGUGCUAUUGGGCUGAGUUGUUUUAUCGGUGAGCUUGGUGAGCUCUUGUGAAGAAAGGGAGGGAGGAAGGGGGCGAGGCGGAUUGUCCAGCCGCUCUUCCUCCAGACGCCAAUCGGGUUGCAGAACUUCACUGAAAGCUUUACUAAUAGAAUUGUUGUUCUGACAUUAUGUAAAAGUGGUAUUAAUAUUGUGUGACUUUUCAAAGAGCUAGUUAGAUUUAUAGGUAGGUAAUAGGGAUAUUGAAGAAAUGACUUCUCAAAGAAAAGAACACUUGGAACAAAAGAAGUGGAAAACAAGGUGUGCUUUAAGGAAAACAAAUCUGAGGAAGGAAAUGAAACAGCUUGUGGGAGGCGAGGGAAGACGAUGCCCUUUGGCGUUCCUUUAGAGCUGCUGAGGCUCAGCCCCAGAACUGGAACAUACCCCCUCUGCCUUAUCUCAUCUCUCUACCAAACAGGACAUUGUCAAGUAGCUCAAACCAAAAUGCGCUGAUCUGUCUUAAAAACGGUUCGGUCUGCUGGUGGAUGUCCUCCUGCAGAGCUUUACGUAAAACCAUAAAAUGCUUAACUCAUCAAAGUAGCUUCCCCUGUCCUCACAAAAUUCUCUUACCUACGGUAGGCCCCACUUCAGGAUUCAUAUUGCCUUUGCUGAAUUUUGUCGCAGCAGCUACUUAAGCCCUAUUCCCUGAAUGUGAUAACGUUGUGUGCGGAUGAAGCUGGCGUGUUGUGGUGCUAUAGCAAUCUGAAAUUACCGAGCAGACGGAAUCCAGUGACAUUGGAAGCCGCGUGCCAAGGGGCAACCGAUGGACAUCACGCAACCCCCUUGAGAAAUGGCCGAGAAUGCGAAGGCGCCAGUCACAGUGUCCUGAGAACGAGGCAGUUGAGACAAAACCUUCAGUUCUUCCCCCAUCCACCCUCCAUCGGCCUCUGUGGCCCUGGUGCUGCCUGCCCUGAGCCGAGUGCGAGGGCAGAGCGCCAUGCGGAAGAGGUGGAGCCGCCCCGCGCCCCAAGAAGUGCUGGGGAGCCGGGCAGGCCUCCCUUUGGCAUGGGGAAGGGAUCGCUGCCGAGCUGCCACAGCUGUUGGCAGGGGUGCAGCGGGCGGGGGGGACCCAGGCAGUACCUCUUUGUCCCGCCAGUGCCGUUGUUCCAUUUCCUUCCUCUGUGGUAGUGUCUAAGGCUAGGUGUGAGUAGGUGUGGGGUGUUUAUCCGCCACAGGUACAGGAGCUGUCGUAUACCUCAUUUCUAACUCGUAACCGAGUAACUUGCUUUAACUUUCUCCAAACCCUACAGAGUUGCCAAGUCUGCCCUCCCUCCUCUGACGAACACUGAACUCUGGCCUAUAGCACCCCGUGACCUGCAGCCCGGGGAGCGACCCCCUUACGCCUCUGAAUGUCGCUGCUUAAAGCUACUGCAAAGUGAGGGCAAAUUGCAAUUGUAUCUUAUUUCCUUUGGUUACAAGGGGUCCUCUUGAUUAGUCUGUGAAUCUCCGCCCCUCCCUCCACUCUUCCCGCCCGGGGCCGCACAAGGCCCGCAGGCCUCCGGCCCCGCUGCAGACACGCUACUCGCUUUUCGACAUGACCAAAAAACCCCAAACCCAAGAAAAGUCUCCAAAUGUUUGAUUUUCUUCUUUAUUAUUUGACAAUCCUGGAUCCCCACCCCCCCACCCCGCUGUCCGCCUGGCCAGCAGCUGCCUCCCGAUCCCGUUCCAUCUUUAUUUGAAUGUAGUUCCCCUGCCCCCCGGGACAGAGAACCUUCAUCAGGUCACGGUGGCCGCUAUAAGCCGGGAGGGGGCGGUUUCUUUGUUUUGUUUUGUUCUUUUAAAAUUUCCAGCCAAAACCAAAGAUUUCCUAAUGAUUGUAUAAACUCAAAACAAACAAACAAACCAAAGACAAAGGGCGUCUUCAGCGCCCAGCCCACCUGCGAGGCGCCCGGCGGCGGGGAAGGGGCUCGCCGGGAAGGGGCCUCACCGGUGGGUUGGGGGCUGAAGGCUUGGGCGCAGGAUUGGCUGCUCUGCUGGGUGCUCGAACCCUCUGGGGGCUGGGUGACGUCGACUAAUACACGCUGAGGUGCACUUCCGAGCUUUCCCCCCUCCCCCCACCCCCCCGGUCACUGCUUGGAAGAGGCUGUCCUGUUGUGAGAAAUCCCUGAAAGAAGAAGAAGAAGCUUUUCAUUUCUCCUCUAGCUCCUUUUUUCUAUAUUUCUUUUAUUUUUGCAGCACCACUGUGCAACUAUGCAUUGUAUUUCUCAACCUUUUAUGCUAGGUAGAUGCCUGUGACUUUUUAACUUUUUUGGGGGGGUUGCAAACGGAGGAACUUUUUACAUGGAUCUUUUUAAUCUCAGUUGAUUGGGGGGUGUUUGGUUCUAGGGUCAUACAAGCUCUAUCCCAAAGCAAAAUCCAAAUGUUAAUAUUAUUAGCCUGAUGCAGAUACCAAAGAUAAUUUCUUUCCUGCAGAACCUUAGACUUGUGUAUUAAGUACGAUUACCCAGCACUUGCAUUAGUCUAACCUCAGUAAUUCCAAAGCUUAGAUGUAUAUUUUGGUAUAUUUCUGGGAUAUUAAAAAAUUGUCGUUUAAAUUCUUGUUUGUUUCAGUGUAAUGCUCUUAAAGUCAUAGCAUGGAGAUAACUGAACUUGUCCUAUUCUUAGUAGUUUGAAAUAAUAGUAUUUUUGUAUGUUUUGGGUGUGUCUAUGUAUGUAUUAACAUAACGGUUUUCACUGCCUAGGUGUUCAUAAAUAAAUUAAAAAAAAAAAAACAAAAAACAAAAACGAAGGGUUUUUAAAGUGUACAUAAUGCUCCAUGAAGAAUUUCCACAGACCGCCAAUUCGGAUUGCAUUUCACUGACGGCCGCUCCCAACUGGGAUCCUUGCUUUCUUUUUAAAGAGACAGCAUCUUCCUGUCGCCGCGCACCCAUUAACCCGGGGCUCUUCCUCGGAGCAAAAGGUUCUUCACUGCUCUUAAGGGAUGGGCCGAGGAGGAAGGAGCUCAAAUGUUGCUUUUUUAAAAGCUAUUUAAUACGUUAGUUCGAAAACCAACCCUUUGUGUGAAGAAGGGCCCGUCCUUUGGAACCCUGCAAUAGAUCUCGGUGGUCAGAGAAUGGCUGCAAUGUCAGAGCAGCCACUUUUGCUUCUCUUCCAAAACAGAACAGACGUUCAGUCUUAACUCUCUGGCGCUUCCUCCUGCCCUCCCUCGAGCGCUGUGCCGGGACCUUCGGGUCAGCAGAGCUCAGGAAGAGCCCCCCCAGAGUGCCCGUACCCACUGUGCCCCACGCCUGAGCCUGAGGGGUUGGGUCCCAUACAUUUCAAACCUUGCUGGUUGCACGGAGGGUGAGGAGGAAGGCGAAGUGCUGUCUCUUUAAAGAUGCCCUUUAUUAUUAUAAUUAUUAUAAUUAUUAUAAUUAUUAUUAUUAUUAUUUUCCCAGUGGUUGCCUACAGAUAGCUGUAGGCGGUGAGAGAUUGUGUAGAUUACGGUAAAUCAGAAUGAAAAGGUAGAUUUUGUGUAGAUGCAUUUGUCUGCUGUAAUUUUUUAUAUAUAUUAAACUUACUGUAAUUGUACAGUUCAUUUCUGUUGUAAACAUCAUUAAACCAUUUUCCAAGUGUUUUAACAUGUA